AUCUGUAUCAUAUAUAAGUGAAAUGAAAGGACACAAAGGCAGUAUAUUGGAAAUAGGCUCUGGUUAUACAGUUUCCCUGCUGGCUGAUACUACCCAUACAUAUACAGCUAUAGCACUGCUCAUACAAGAUUCAAAGUUACCAGUAAAAGAAAAUCUCUUAACUUACCAUAGUAUUCCGAACCUGUAUGUUGGCUCAUUGUUUCAAGACAAUCUACCAGCAGCUGUUGAAUAUCUUUAUAAUGAUAAUCAGGUUCUUUUCAACACUAUCCUACUCAGCAAUUUAACUUCCAUGGUUGGUGACCUUCUACCUCAUGAAUAUGAAGAACUAUUAGCAAGACUUUUAUCUCUGGCUAGAAAUACCUAUGUAGCAGACAUCAGCACCAAUAAUAAGCAUAUGCUCAAUUUUUUUAAGAACUGGGAAAACUUGCCAGUGCUUCUCAACAAGUGCUGUACUGUGGCUGGUCUGGACUGUGUUGUGGAGCAAGUCAAGGGGUAUUUUGGUGGAUGGAAUAAUGGUCGAGAAGACCUGUACAAGGUACAGGUCCUCACUGGAACAAGAAAUUUACCAGAAAGUUUUUGCGAAAAAUCAUUACUUGAAGGAGAGUGCUACCUUCAUUUUGGAAAUGAAUCUGAACCAGUUGCCAUACAUUUUAAUGAUGGAAGUCAGCUACUUGUCCCUAAUACCAGUGACUGUAUCCCACUCCAAGUUAUAAACUACAUAGGUCCCAUACAAUCCACCAAGGAAAGGUUAUUGUAUCAACUGUUACAUGUGCCAUACCGUGACGACCAGAGAUCAUGUACUCUCUACAUCAAUGGUUCAAACAUUGUUUCAUUACAAGAUACACCUGUAAAAACUGGCAUUGAUUCACAUAUGUGGAGCUGUGAGGAGAACCCUCAGAUGCAUGCUUUAGUGAAGAAAUUAGUAGACUUGGACCCCUCAUUGACUGGUACAGAGCCACAUGAAAAAGGUUUACACAGUGCCAAAGCAGGGCAGAUUUCUCCUCACAAUUUCAACCAGAAGCAGCCUCAGGAGGACAGGGGAGCAAGGGUGCAACAACCCUAUGAGCAGGUGGAUAGUGUAGCAGAAAGAUGGAACAGGUUGAACAAUGAUGUAAAGGAAGCUGCUGAGAAAGACCAAGAACAAGUACAAAGGCUUAAUAAACAGUGGGACCGUGAAGGCAAUCCACCCUUGCCACAGCAAGACCCAGUGUUAGUCAGGCUAGACAAAACAUGGCGCAGGGAGGAGGAUAAGGUUGGCCUUGACCCUCCAGCAGUUCAAGGUCAAGUUCAAGGCAAAGUUCAAAGCCAAGGUAAAGAAUCCCUGUCCAGGAAUAUAGACCCUGCCUUAACAAAGGAUGAAAAGGAAUUAAGACUAGCCAUGGGAUCAUUGGGUGGAGUUAAGGGAAUGGAAGGGAAUCCAGUCAUUGCUCAGCCAAAGAAACCAAUAGAAACUGAAGGACAGUUGCCUGAAUUAGAAAAGAACAUAAUUCAUCAGAAAGUGAGCAGUCCCAAAUAUGUUCAAAAUUUGAGAAGUAUACAGCAUGGAGGCACAACAACAACACUUAAAAGCGUAAUCCGUGAAUUUGAUUCUUUAAAUAACGAACCAGUACCUCUUGCAGAGCAGCAUCAAAUUCCAAAACCAGUACCAAAACGAAUCCAUGGAAAUGCCAGGAAAAUUUAUAGAAAUAAAUAUCAGGGUGUGGAACAACAGGACAGCAGACAGGCUGAUUAUUUGAAAAAUGAUCUGGUACAAAAUGGUGCUGAUCAUUUGGGUCCUGUUGGAAAGAUUGAACAGCAGCCAGUGGUGUUUAAGCCCAGGGAACAAGGUGGUCAGAUAGAGAAUAGGAAAGAUGGUAUGAGGAGGCUACUUCAGAAUGAUGCCCAACAAGGUCUAUCCUUAAGUGUUAGGGAAAGACUAGACAAAUACAAAGAAGACUUUAAGAAAACUCUCAUGAAUAGAUAUAAAGCCCAAAGAACAAAGAUUGACAAUGACCAUGAUCAAAUUGAAAGCAAAAAAGUGACCUCCACCCAAGGCCCAGUGAAGAAAAUGGCAUCUAAGACAGCAACACCAUCGGCCUUGUCCUCAAAAGAGCCCUUGAUAUCUUCAGAUGGAAUUAGAAAAGAUAGUACUGACCAGCAAGCAGCUGCAGCCCAGAAGUCAGAGCUGGGAAAUAAUGAGGAAGAGGAGGAGGAGGUGGUGCCUGAAGAGAUUGAGGAGGAAGAAGAAGCUUUAAAUGAUGAAUAUGAUUUUAAGUCUCCAGUGACUUCUGUAAAGCCAGAAUUAAGAGAACCAGCAAGAACAGUGAGGGAGAAACACCAGCCAAUGGAACACACAUUUGGACCAAAACAUAAAGAGGAAAGUGUGUACGACUCUGAGUGGAAACUGAUCAAGAAUGACAUCGCUGCUCUGAAUGGGAAAGAGAGAAACUUCUUCAGUGUUUUGACCUAUGGUGGUAACCAGCAGGUGUUACUGGGAGCUAAGAUUGCUCACAGGUAUCCCAACUCUACUGUCCUCUCUGUACUUGACACAAGCAGUGCCAGACAUAUGCAAGGACUUAGGAAAAUGAUAACAAGCUUGGGUGCUAAGAAUUUCAUUCUCUUGGUGAAUAACUUGAGUCCUGGUACUGUGGAUAAAAUUGUCAAGAUGCCAGAGAUAUUUCAGAUUCAGAUUUUGGGCUUGGAGACCUUUCAUCAUCUAACAUCUCUUGGUCAAGGUUUCCUGUACUACCUCGGUCACUUGCUGACCAUGGCUCACACUACCUACCUUGAAGUCCCUUCUCCUGAGCAGCUGGUUAUGGCUGACCUUUUACUUGGGAACAGCACAGGUGCAGAGCAAACACAUGCAGUUUUCAAGGGUAUGAUAUUUGAAACUUUGAAACUGCAUGGGUUGGAGAAUGAAGCUGAAGUUAGCUUGGUAGAUGACGUUGAUAUUCUUAGAGGGUAUACAUUGUCCACCAAACUGGUUAAAAUAACUCUAGGACAUAUGCAGAGAACAGUUGUAUUGGAUUGCCAGGACACCAGGGCAAACAUUCAGCUGACUCCAGACAAGCAGUGCAGAGUUGGGGUCUCCAAACAAGAAACCAGGCUGGCUAGAUGCAUGGAGGGAAUAGGUCUGGAGCUCUUGCUUUGCCUUGGUUUGGAUAAGGUUGCUAGGAAGAACCUGCUGAGGGAGUACCUGUCCCUGCCAGUCUACCCAGACAUGUGUCCCCAUCACUUGGUAUGGUACAACACCACCCUGGUAUACCAUGCUGCAGACAGUACACGCCGUUUUCUUCAGUCUUCCACUGAGUUGUCUAGAUUGAUAGCAAGUCAGGCAGCUGUAAGUGUACUUGGAAAUGAGAUUUACACCCAGCCUUUUUCAUUUAUGGAAUAUAAAAGCAUGGAGGGAGAGAUGAUCAAACUCCUUGCUAAACAUUACAAAAACAGCACCUUCAUAUCCCUGCACAGUGAACUUGAGGAGGCAGAGAAACUGUAUCAGGAAACAUGGAAGAUGAAUGUCACCAAUAUUGUUAUAACCAGCCUUGCUGUGGACCAGGAUUUCACUACCAAAUUACUGCAGAGUCCUGAUUUUUUGAGAUACCAGUACUUUGGUGUUCAGGCUUUUCUGGACUCUGUUAUGACCAUGGGCGAUGAUGAAUUCAACCUGAUGGUUGGGCAGAUGAUUGCAAAUGGAGUCACUUCUUUCUUUCAGUUACCAUCAGCAGAGAUGCUGUCUUUGGCAUUUGCAACAUUCUUCCCAGAGUCUUUUACUGGUCGACCACUGAGGGGAAAUGGGACUUUAGACAGAAAGGACAUUUACUACCUGAAGCACCAUCCAGCCCCAGUAUUUGAAAAUGCUGAACUAAAGAUGCUGGGAGAGAGCGCAGAAGCGGAUGUGAACAUCAGUAUAAGUGCUGAGCUUCUUCAACCACCAUUUAUGCAGUCUGCAUCCUUCCCAUGGAAAGUGGUCCGUGUAGAUGUCAGGAACCUCACUGUCACAGUUAAUCAUCAUUUUGACUACCAGCUAGAUGGCCACGAUAGAAAGUAUACCCUCCACUGCCUGGCCCAUAGUAAGUCCACUUAUGAGGUAUACCUUAUCAGGAAAGGGGAUGGAUUCAAGAUUCCAUAUGGGGAUGUUCAUGCUAUAUCUUUAAUUGCCCUUCUGAGAAUGGGAUUACUGGAGCCCAUAAAAACCAUGUUUUAUGAUCUGUUCCUGACACUGCCCUUCUAUGAAGAUAUGGCUCCAUGGAACAUUGUGUUUCGCAGUGGCAGACUGGAAUAUAUAGAUUAUGACACCAAAGACUUUACUUUCAACAAGAUGGUGCCUGCUGCAUACCAGGUGAUGGCAAUGCUGAUGAAUUAUGAGAGAACUAUCAAUGAUUUUGGACAUUGUAAACAGCAUGGAAUAAACCAGUAUAACUUCCCCUAUGUAUCCCAUUGUGUAGGAAGUGACUAUGAAGGUCCAUGCAAAGAUUCAAGAUACCCUGUCCCAUGUGGUGACUAUACAUGUAAAAGCACAUACAUUGAAUGCUUGAAAUCUCUAAGUGAGCUAGAGAAAAAGAAAAUGGAGUGGAAGCAACGAAUGGUAGCCAACUUGAAAACUCCAGGUUUUGUAUACACAGGGCGACAGAACCUCCCAUACACUAGUGGCCAGUGGUCAUUUGGACAAUUUGGUGCCAAAAAUCCACAAAAUGGAGCGUAUUUAAGACAAAGACCACCUCAGCAAAAAAGUUACUCAGGACCACAAUUUGCACAAGAUAAUCAAAGACGACGUUUUUGGUAAAAUUUAUCAAAAAAUCAAAAUUAAUCCUUUAAUAUGCCUAGAUACUAGACAAAUUGAUUUGUAUAGAUUCAUUAGUUACCUGUUAUUUUCUAAAUUGUUAUUGUAGUUUGAUUGCUGUUAUUAUAGAGCAAAUUGUUAGGUCAUACUUACUGUAAAAAUUUACUCUACCAAAAAGAAUGACAGAUAUAUAAUUUUUUUGGUCAGAUAUUUGAUUUCCAGUGAUUUGUAUGCUGUUAGUUGUUUUUUUAUAAAACCCAAUAACUAACAAAUAUGCUCAGGUAAAAACAGGUUGUUUUAGGAUAGAACUUAUUAUUCUAAUCAGAAUUGUCUUUUUUAGAAGUUGUUAUUGAAUGCUAUUAAUAGGCUUUUUAUGCUCCUUUAUAUUAUCAAAAAAUAAACUUACAUCUUGGAGUAGUAAACAUUAUUUGAUACAAGACUGUUUACAGAAAAACUUAACUUACACAGAAAGUAUGAUAACACUAGCUCUAUUUUCCCUUUCUCUGUUGUUUUUGAGAUAUUUACAUCUUACGUCAUUUAAAUAUAGCAAGAUAUUUUAUAAUGUAUUUUGAUUAAAUAUUGAUUGAAAUAUAAUGAAGUAUAUUUUUCCCUUCAUACGAAAGGCAUGCCAAACUAAACAGUAGAUGUAUAUGUAUGUGUAUAAAUGACUUUUUGUUCAUUAAAUAUGUUAUGAAUCAUACAUUAUAUAUUCAGAUGUUAGGAUCUAAAUGGAUGUUAGCAUCUAUAUCUAUAUGGAUGGAUUUAAUUAUGGUUUAUCAGCUUGUACCUUGGUGACCUGUUGUUUAGUAAUAGUUAGGUCCUGUUUGUAUAUAUAUGCACACGUGAUAAUAUAUAUAAGUAUAAUACCUUGAAGUCACUAUACCCCAUACUUGUGAUAUUAGAUUUCAUUUUUGUAUAUAUUUCUUAAGUACAUUGUACUUUCUAAUCUCAGUUGGUGACUGUUGUACGUCCAGUCUUCCAAACACAGUUCAUUUAUAUUUAUUGGUUUGCAAGGAAAUUAGUAUGGAAUGGGUAUGGUGAAGAAUGAAUGGUUUGAAGGGAACAAAGCUGGUUAUACUGCAGUUACUGUAAUAGGUUGCUAAAAUUGAACCAGGGUUUAGGACAGCAUUCUUGAUUUUGUUUAUGAAUUUUCAAGUUUUUAUCUCAAGUGGGUAGAAAUUGAGUACAGUAAUGCCAUUGUAUAAUAUUUUAAAUACUUCUCAGUAUUGACCUUGAAUAAUAUUUUCAUUCAGCCAUGUAUUAAUGAAGAAUAAUGUAUUGAAGGUGGCAAUUUUGUUCAGAUUAAGAUCUAAAAGAUCAAUGUUUGUAUUAUUACUGGGUAAUGUGAAUCUGUCUGGUUUCUUUAAAAAUUAUUAUGAAGCAAUUCCAGAAUCAGCACAAGUGUACACACUGUGAUAUGUUAUUAUUUGUAUAACCUUUGUAUGAACAAGCUUGUAUCAUAGCUUUUUUGUUUUUGUGGGAAUAUUACUUGUGUCUUUAAAAAGUAUGUAUUGGGUCUCAUUCCAGAAAAUGAUAAGUUGCAAUGAUUGACAAUUUGCUAUUUACUUCUUGUUGAAUAUAUUGAAUUAAGUAUUAUACUUGUUACACUUCAGUAUUUUACUGAGAGACAUUUGUAAAUGGCUGUAUUCUUUGAGACUGCAUGCUUUUCUUAUAUUAUUAUUAUUAUUAUUAAUUAUUAUUGACUGACAUUAAUG